AUUUGCCAACGCGCGCGAUGCGCAUUAGGGCUGACUUCAUUCUCUUUCGGUGGGGUGGCGGGGGAGGUUAUCGAGGGCGGUAGCCGCGGAGCGAGCGAGAGAACGAGAGAACGAGCGAGAGGGCCAGCAUGUGAUCCGUACCGGGGCGGCUGUUUAACCCCCCUACCACCCCCCCAACACCCCCCCACCACUACCACCACCAACGCGUUUCGGAGUUUCCAAGUCGAAACUUUCCCGUCGGGAGUGUCGUCGUCGUCGACAGAGAGAGGGAGGGAGGGAGAUGGGCGUCGCGCGCGCGCGCGCUGCAAUUUCAGCGCACGGAGGAGGAGGAUGAGGAUGACGGUGCCUGUUGCUCUCCGCUCACGACUGCCUCGAGUCCCGUGGUCGCUCGAUAGAGGAGAAGAAGGACCUUUCCCGUGUCGCCUGCCACCAGCCGAUGAGACCAAUUUCCGUUCACUGACCAACCCCCUCCCCCCCCCAUCUCUCUCUCUCCUCCACCCACACCACUCCUCAUUUCCUUUCCAGCUAUUGGUACGGUUUAGGCUUUAGGUGUGUGUGUGUAUGGCUUGUGCCUUCGGUCCAACCAGUGGGUCAAAGGAUAUUUUCGGACCGGGCGAGCCCUAUUUAUAGUUCCAGAGGCAACCGACCGACAGCGGACGAUCCCUACACAGUUUUAAGAUGUUCAUUUAAUUUUUUUUCUUUUAGUUUUGGAGUCAACCGAGCCUCAAAAGUCGCGGACGUCAACACCCCCCCCCACCCCCCUUCCUUCUCCUCCCGUUCGCCGGUGGCACGGUUCCACCAGGCGCGUGCCACGCUUCGCCAGACCCCCCCCCACCACCACCACCACCACCGCCGCCCACCCCACCACGUUCGACUGGCGAUGAAGCAGUGACGAGGGGACAACGCGUCCCGGCGAACUUUUCCCGACGCCGCCGACCCGCGUCAACCGCCCCCACCCCCCGCACCCCGUGAGCAAUUUGUGCGCGGGCGAACUACCACCGCCACCGCCACCACCGCCACCGUCAUCGACAUCCACACAGCCGCACCGGGCCAAGGAGUCGUGGCCACACCGGCUCACGCCAAGGUUAGUCCUCUUUGUUGAGACAGCUGUGGCUGGGAGACCUGGAGAGUCUUCACGGGACAUUCAAACGUUCCCAGUUUGAGUCAGUUGUUUGGCUGUGAUCACCCCACCCACGCCUCUCUUCAGGAAUUGUGAGGAAACCGCAUUCUUGCAAAACUUACAUCACGCCUUGCGGUGUCUCCACACACAACACCAGGGCAGACAGUCGAAUCCACUUCUCGACUUUUGCCCUCAAACGACAAGCGGGAUGAGUCUCCUCCCUGGAGGCUGCCCGAGUUGGCCCCAGCAGUUGGCGACCGCUAUCACCAAGCGGCGUAAGCGCUUCCUGCAGCUGCUGGCCAUCCAGUUGCUGGUGUGCGUGGCGCUCGUGUAUCGCACGACCUUCCUCGAGAGCUCGGUGGCCAGCCACAUCGUGUCCUACUCGUACCGCUACGUCAUCAACGACUUCGAGGCGCUGGGCACGGCCGACAAGAUGGCGCGCUUCCCGCACACGCACGCCUACCUCAUCAACCACCCGGACGCGUGCGGGAGAGCCGACGAGGCGGUGCUCUUGCUGGCGCUCGUCAAGACGCCGCCGGGAAAUCGCGAAAGGCGCGACGCGAUCCGGGCCACGUGGGGGCGGCCGCACGAGGCCCUCGGGCCGGACGGCUCGACGCGCGGGACGUCUGGCGAUCGGCGCGUUGGCCACGAAUCGGAAUUGGCGUCGGACGGUGGCGAGCCGCGUGGCGAAGGUGGCAAAGGUGGGCGCGGGAUGGUGAGGGUGAUGUUCAUUGUGGGGCUUCCCAAGGACGGCGGAGGCGGCGGCGGGGGAGUGAAUUCGGCGCUGCAGGCCCGGCUCCGCGAGGAGGACGCGGAGCACGGUGACAUCGUGCAGGAGGACUUUGUGGACGACUUCUACAACCUCACCACCAAGCUGGUGGCGCAGCUGCGCUGGGUGGACAGCUUCUGCCCGCACGCCGACUUCGUGAUGAGCGUCGACGAUGACGUCUUCAUCCACACGCCCAACGUGGUGCGGUACCUGCUGGGCGUCAAGCGCAGCAACGGAGGCGAGGUGCCCAGGGACUUCUGGGUAGGCCACGUGCACCGCGGCGCCCCGCCGGUGCGCUCCCGCUCCAGCAAGUACUUCGUGCCCACCGACAUCUACCCGCUGCCCGCCUACCCGGACUACACGGCGGGCGCUGCCUACGUGGUGUCGGCAGGGCUGGCGCGCCGCGCCUACCGCGCCGCGCUCACCCUGCGCCGCGACCUCUACAUCGACGACGUCUUCCUGGGGGUGUGCGCGUCGCGCAUCCCCGGCUCCCCGCGGCCUCGCUCGGAGCCCUUCCUGUGCGGCGAGGGCCGCGCCGUGCGCCACCCGUGCGCCCGCGAGCGCGUCCUCAGCUCGCACGGCCACGUGGGCGCCGGCGAGAUGGCCACGCUGUGGCAGGAGGCCGUGGUGGGGCCCGCGGAGGCGAGGCGCCGGGGCGGUGGGGGGGCGGCUUCGGCGACGGCGCGGUGGGCGCUGUGCGGGGUGGUGAACGCGGCGCUGGUGAACCUGCCCCUCGUCCACGUCGUUUACCCCUGCGCGAUGCCGCUCUGAGCGGCGGCGAGCGGCGGCGGGCGGCGGCGGAGGCUCGGGUCGCCCGCGGAGGUCCGUGACCGUUGUGCACGUGCGUGGGAUGUGCACGGGGGGAAACGCGGUCGACUCGUGGUUGGGUUGAAGUUUGCGUCGCGGCCGGCGGUUCGGUCGACACGCCGCCGCCGCCGCCGCCGCCGUCGUCGCAGCCUUCAGCGUUGUUGUCGUCAUCGUCAUUGCCAUCAUCGUUUUCAUCAUGAUCGUCACCUACCUCUCGUCAUCGUCAUCACCACGAAUGUCGCUCAUCGCCGUAACAAUCGUCACCUCUUCGCAUACGUGUCACGAUCAACAACGUCACUUUCACCUCUAUGAGGUGAAUUCGAUGAGAAGAACGUUGCGAGGGUCAACGAAUGUUGAAGUGAUGUCGCGAGAUCGGUCAUCCGCCAUAGGAAUAUGGAAUUUUGACCACUGUCUCAGGGCUGCUCAUGAACACAUCGCGACUGACCGGCCGUCUUCAGGAAUUUCAUAUGAACACGCUUACACAUGUGAAUACACGCGCACCUACGCCGUGUCUACAGGAUACGCUCACGAAUGUGAAUAGGUCGUCAAUGAAACCAUAGUGUAUAUAACGCACACAUUCACGCUCGUAGCGUACACGUGCGCACAGCGCACGCAAACAGAUGCGCGAAAGCGGACAGCGUAGGCGACAUGCGGACACGGAAACGGCAAAACACUGAACACACUACACUUUAAACACACGGGUUGCACACUUACACGACACGCAUGUUUGCACGUACAUGCGUGAGCACUGGCACAAUGCUACUCUGUGCGGAUGUUUGCUGAAAAGCCAUAAAACAUGAUCUCUUUAUCGGAGGGCCGACUCGGAAAACUCCAGCCCUCGCACGACAAGGGGCCACCCGCUUCCUGCUCCUCCUUUGUCCACAACCUAAGGCGGUGACAGAGGGCUUGCUGCUCAUUUGCACAUCACGUGACAAAGUUUAUGAAAGCUGCGGGACAUCCUGUCGACAAUCGUGCUCGGGGCGGGUCAAGAGUUUGCAAGUUUUACAGGGCGACGAGAUGUUAACUACAUCGCCUGGUAUACAAGAGGUCCGUGUGGUUCAAUCCCGACCCUGAUGCCUGCUGUGUAUUUGGAGUUUGCAUGUUCUCCCCGUGGUCCCGUGCAUUUUUUCUCCGGGUCUUCCGGUUAUUUCCUCCACAUUUAGAAUCGACGUCACGCGUUUAGAGUAUUUGGCUGCUGCUAUAAAUUACACGCGACAAGCCGCCUCGUUGGGCGAUAAUUUGUGGCCAGGCCGCUUUUGAACAAGAGCUACAAAGCUCAGUGGGACCUUGCCCGGUAAAAUAAAAAAAAAUAAAGUUUUGUUUCGUUUACAUGAGGUUUAGACGUGAGGGUGAAAGGGGUCACAAGGUAGAGCACGCACCUUGCCAUCUCUAGCUUCUGCCAUUCGUUGAACUGUUGCAACCAACGCUCGAUCCCGCAAACUUUGAAUUUCCAGGUGUUCUAACCACAGGUUUUUAAAAAUGGGUUCAGCCGAGGGGUGUUUUUUUUUUUGGUAGUUUUGAGUCAAUGUUUGAGAUGCCUGACUUACUCUGAUAAAGUACAGCACUGCGAUACAGCAAUGCACGUGUAACAGCUAUUAUUGUUAAUCUACUGCUGGAUGAUGAGGAGGUUCCUUGACCCAUACCCUUACCAUGCCGGCCCAGUGCGGUUCGUUGACGGCAUCGUGACGUAGACUUUACAGCGCGGCAUUGGAUUUUGACACCGUACGCCUCCCAGAAGCCUAUAACACCUGUUUUGCACAGUGUCGCCUAUCCAGCCACCAUCCGCCCAGGCUUGAACCCUGCUAAGCUUCCGCGACCUUUGCGAUUUGGUCAUCGAGAGAAUUCAUCUGCGGACAAAUUCAUUGUCGCGGCAGCUAUGGGCAUUUAAAGAACGCGUUGGAGGCGUACAUUUCGGAAGGCGUAACCAUAACCACAAGGGGCUCAACGACCAGUUGUGAGAAAAAAAUGGUUAAUGUUCAAAGCCAGGUGAACUAGGUGCCUGGCUAGGCGGCCCGGUAAUUUUCAAAUGCACAGAAAUGCAAUGCAGUAGGCAAACAGACGUUGCGGCUCUGAAGUGGGCCACCCAAACCUUCGAUGUAUCAGCAGCAAUGCACUAACAAUGCAGGUGAUACCAUAGUUACGCUUAGGUGUUUGACUUUCUCUCCACCGGUGACUUACAGAACAAUUAUUUAUUGAAUGAGCCUUCACAUAGCCAUAUGUGUGUGUGUAUAGACACGGAGUAUAAUCGAGCGCUUUGCCUUCGUUUGCACGUGCUUUUUGAAAUUGUCGUUAUUGAGAGUGUUCCAAAAAAUGGGUUGUGUGUUUGCCUUGAUCGGUGAGUUUCCAGAUGCGAAAUGAGUGUGUCUGCACAUUCUUAUAGGAGUGGUUAGAUAAAUAAAAUAUGAUUGGUAAUGCAAAAGCUCACUUUGAUCUAGGUCAGGGGAAAACAAUGAAAUAGGUAUUGAAGAGCGUACCCAUUAUUCUUGAAUCCCUUGGCGAAAGAUAUUUUUCACCAAAUGUUUAUAGGGAAGCUCGCACGCAAAGACACAUUCGUGUAUACGUUGUGCACACAAGCACAUCCAUUAAACUGUAUUACGCACAGAUGCAGGCACUCUCACAUACACAGUAAUAAUAAUGAAGUAAUAAUUGUACAGCCCUUUGUCAAAAAACUCCAUGCCAAGUCAUGGGUUUUUAGUUUUUAAAACGAUACUUAACUACCCUGGGUCCGUGUUAGUUGGUGAAGGAAAUAGGCGUUUGGGGAGGUCAGGACUGGUCAAAAUUAGCGCUCACCCCUGAAGUUUGCCGUGGCCACAAAUUUUAUUCGGGUCACCGAGUUCACAGCGCACUGCCGUACCACCACUCUGUCCCUGGAUACUCCCAUAAAGCUACAACAACAAACCGCCGUUCGCCAAUAAGUGGCACACACAUGCCCACACACACGCACGCGCGCACACGGCACGCGCAUUGGCUCGCCAUAAACGCGCAAAUAUCCUUUGCAGACUUUAAAAACAAAAUGUGCCGCAUACCAGUUUGUGAUACGGCAUUUUUCCCCGACUACGCCGAUGACAAA